AUGUUCGGAUCUGCCGGGUGGGUGCUGGCCAAGGAGGAGGCCCAGACCGCCCUCCAGCCCGCGCGCGGCCGAAAAACCCGCCACGACCCGCCGGCCAAGUCCAAGAUCGGGCGCGUGGCGACCCCGCCCGCCGUGGAUCCUGCGGAAUUCUUCGUGCUGACAGAGCGUUACCGGCAGUACCGCCAGACGGUGCGCGCCCUCAGGCAGGAGUUCGUGACCGAGGUACGCAGGAAAGCGCACGAGGCCCGGGCUGGUGUCCUGGCAGAGCGCAAGGCGCUGCAGGACGCCGCUGAGCACCGCGAGCUGAUGGCCUGGAACCAGGCGGAGAACCGGCGGCUGCACGAGCUGCGGAUGGCCAGGCUGCGGCAGGAGGCACGGGAGCAGGAGCGGAGGCAAGCGGAGGAGGCGGCCCGGGAAGCCCGAGAGGCGGAGGCCUGGGCCCAGCUCAAGGAGCGGGAAGUGCUGCAGCUGCAGGAGGACGCAAAAAACUUCAUCACCCGACAGAAUCUGGAGGCACGGGUGGAAGAAGCUUUGGACUCCCCUAAGAGCUACAACUGGGCUAUCACCAGAGAGGCGCUGGCGGUCAAGCCACAGCACAAGGGCUCCCGAGGUCCCGAUGAGCACAAUACCCACCCAGGGGCCAUGGGAGUAAAGGGGUUGGGUCUGAUCUGA